UGCCUUGGCUCUCCGCUCCUCCGGACACAGCGCCGUGUUAAAAAUGCUGCUCUCUGUGCCGCCAAGGACAGGAAUCAACCCAUACAACGGCUACCCCGUCAAAAACAACAAGAAGCAGACGUAUGUGUCCCCUUCCAAUCAUCAGAUGGCUCCUCCAAGCCCCAACAACAACAGCAACACCACCACCACCUCUACCAUCAGCAAUGGCAGCAGCAAUAGUGGAGGAGAGCAGCUGAGCAAAACCAACCUUUACAUCCGUGGCCUCCAUCCAGGAACCACAGACCAAGAUCUGGUCAAACUCUGUCAGCCGUUUGGGAAAAUAGUAUCCACCAAGGCGAUCCUGGAUAAGACUACCAACAAGUGCAAAGGAUAUGGCUUUGUUGACUUUGACAGUCUGGCCUCAGCUCAGAAGGCAGUGACGGCACUGAAGGCAGGUGGAGUGCAGGCUCAGAUGGCCAAGCAACAGGAGCAGGACCCCACCAACUUGUACAUCUCCAACCUGCCGCUGUCCAUGGACGAGCAGGAGCUGGAGAACAUGCUGAAGCCCUUCAGCCAGGCCAUUUCCACUCGCAUCCUCCGUGACGCCAAUGGAACCAGCCGGGGAGUGGGCUUUGCCAGGAUGGAGUCAACAGAGAAAUGUGAGGCCAUCAUCCAACAUUUCAAUGGAAAAUAUAUCAAGACUCCACCUGGAGUUCCAGUGCCCCCAGAGCCCUUGUUGUGUAAAUUUGCAGAUGGAGGCCAGAAGAAGCGUCAGAGUCAGGGGAAAUAUCUGCAGAAUGGCCGGACCUGGAUGAGAGAUGGGGAGACUGGAGGAAUGACCCUUACAUAUGACCCCACCACAGCCUUACAGAAUGGGUUCUACUCCUCUCCCUACAACAUUGCCCCAACCCGGAUGAUUGGGCCGACCUCCCUCUCCCCAUACAUGCAUUCACCUGUGUCCACCUACCAGGUACACAACCCAUCCUGGAUACACCACCAGUCAUACAUUAUGCCGCCCACAGGAGCAGUCCUGACACCAGGAAUGGAUCACACCAUGUCCAUCCAACCAAACUCCAUGAUCGGCCCCUUGACACAGCAGCUCAGCCAUCUCUCCAUGGGCAGCAGUGGCACAUACAUGCCUGCAAACACAUCUAUGCAGGGGACCUACAUUCCCCAGUACACCCAAGUGCCUGCCACCAACAUCUCAGUUGAGGAAAGUGCCGUCCAGCAACCUGUUUCCAUAGAGACACCUACAGAACACACAACCUACACCUACCAGCAUAACAAGUGAAGAGGUAGCAGAGACCUUCCACUGGAGCCUGAUUGACUCCCAAAGAGGCCCUGAGUGCUGAAACUCAGCACAGUGACUCUACGCGUUAUGCGCGAGACACUCGGGAGGAACAUGGACUGUUACACAGAAAGGACAAAAAAAAAAAAAAAGAUAUUUUCUACAAACUCAUAUUUUAAAACAAACUCUUUUACUCCAAACAAACCAGGCUGGAGGAUGGCAGGCGAUGGGAAGCGGAAGAACAGAAUGAGGAGCAUCUAUUUUGAUAAUAGUCAAGACAAAAAGUCACAUAGGCACACACACACAAAAAAACCACACACGACACACAUUUAAAAGGAUUUUUGAACAUAAUUUCAUUUUCUUUUCUUCAGUAACACUACUCCGGGGAGCUAGAAUGAAACCAGGAAAAUAACAUUUCAACACCAUGUUUCAUUUUGAGUCAUGUUUUGUUUUGACCUCUUGUAAGAUGUGCUGAUUUUACUUCACUUUUUUCUGAUACGUUCAGGCUUUGAACCUGCCUUUUGUACAUAAUUCUUUGUUUUGGUGUGUUUCUAGCUUCACGUGUCCUACUUUGAUUGAUUGGUGCAAAUAUAUGAAUACAGAACGCUCAAAAAAACAAAUUGAAGACAUCCAGUGACUCAUAUUUUGGACCGGUUACGGUGCUGGCUUGCAUUAGCUUCUCUUGAAAUGGCAGCAAGUUUAUCAGGUUCAGAAAAUGUACCUGAAGAGGUUUUGCUGAUUUUUGGCACUUGACUCUCAAAUAAUUUAUAGUUCCAACAAUCCCAUCAAAGCUUCAGACAAUCAGAAGAUUACAAAAGAAAAGAUAAAGUAGAGAUGAUGCUCAUUCAUGACAGAUUUCACAGAGAAGACUUCUAUACAAGAGUUAAGUAGAUUUAAAGCAUUCCAGAGAUUAUGAUCAGAAAUAUUGGUUAACUUUGAGCUGCUCCGCUUGAUGAAAUACAAAGUUGCUUAACAGGGAUCACAUCUCACUCAGAGCUGCCUGUAAAUAAGAGAAUUAAAAUUAUUUAGGCUUUCUUUUGAUUUCCUUUCAUCAGUGUAGUAAUGCUUCAGUUUUUUUAAUGACAACAUUGUCUGAACAUAGCAAUUUAGUCAUUGCUGUGUUUGUUUUUUGUCCCAAGCAUCCCUUUUAUACAACUCGAGUCUGAAUCUUCCCCCGAAAAUGUCCCAAAAAUGUAUUUUCUGAAGCAAGAAUUAGAUGUUGUUAUUAGAGUAUGGAGUUCUUAUUACAUAGAUAUGGAGAUCAACUGGUAAAGCGUGGCUCUGUCCUGUUAUAUCUCUUUAGGUGGAUUGAUAUGGCCAGUGUAGUGAUGCUUUAAUAUUGGCCAUUGCUGUGUGUUUGCAUCUACUUCUACAUUUUUGUUUUUCACUUUCAUGUUGUUAUUUUCUUUUUUUACAUCUCUUAUUUAAAGGUUUUCUUAAGUUUUUUUUAAUUCAUUUUUUAAAUACUGUUAAGAUUGAUCCUAUUUUUCAAAGAAACUUUGAUUUUAUUUUUGAUAGUGUGUUAUGUGCUUCAAAUAGUGAGAAAUAGAUGUUUUCAGCUUCUUUUUUUUGUUUGUUUGUUUGUUUGUAUGUUUGCAUACUUCUGUCGUUCUGGUUUCUGCAUUGAUGUCAAAGAGGCUUUAAUGUGUGUGUUUUUUUUAAAAGACAUUUCCGUUCUGUCUGUGUCACAAAUGUUGGCACUUUAUGAACAUUGCUCCUGAUCAUGAAUGAAUCAUUUGUGCUAGGUUCAGACACAGAGUUGUGCCCCAAGCAUUUGGGAACAAUGCCAGAGAAAUAUAUGUUCAAAACCUUGACUUACCUCAUCCUGCCAGAGCAAUGUAGAUUCCGUUUGUGUACAAGGUUCACAGGCAAUAACCAACUACAGUAGGUCUCAUGGCUGUUCACAGCUGGUACUGUGUCCGCAUCCUUUAACUCUUCCGUCCAAUGCUCGGAAAACACGCCCAAGGUCUGAUGAUCUAUGCAAUUAAUUUAUUAUCCUUUUAAAUGCAAUACUACAGAUAUCCAAGAGACACCUCACAUGAUGAAAAUGGAUCACCUCGUAAAAUGACCUCACAUUCUGGCUCACUUUCAUUACACAUGUAUGUGUUAUAUCGCAAGUUUUCUGACUGACACAUUCAGCUUUGGUUCAUUAAUUGUUAGUACAAUUUCUGCAUUAAAAGGGAACUUGUUCAUACCAAAUGUGGUUGUUGUUAUGACUAUAGAAAAUGUAGGAACUAAAAAAUAUAUGGCAGGUGUGCUUAUGUGUAUUAAGGCAAGUGUUGCUCUCUUGUCUACCCAACUUUUUUAUUUCACGUGGACUUAGCAGAGUUGUUUUAGAUGCAAGUCAAUAUUCCAUCCAGUAGCCAUUUUUAUGUUUUGGUAAAAUUGUAUGUGUACAAUCUAUUUGUUUAUUUCCUUUUCUUGCAGAGUAAUUGAAGCUGUUUUCUGUUCUUAAAACAUAAAACUGUUCCCGGAGUGAAUUUCACAGAAAUUCUUUAGAUUUCACUGGAAGGGAAAGUGCUACUCAGAAUUGGGCUUGAUAUCUGACUGGAAGUUUUUUCUCAUGCACUGCUAAUGUUGAAAAGUUUUGUUUUGGUAUAUCAAAUCACUCUGCAUAUACUAUAGAUCUAUGAAGCAAAGAAAUAUUUACAUCUUUUGAUUAAUACUUUGUGUUCAUUCCAUUAUUUUUAUCCAAAAUAUUGAAGAAAAACUGAGUGGUAGCUCACUGAGAAUAAUGAACUAUUGCUGCUAAUUUUGGAUGCAAAGUAUUUAGAAAUCUUUAAGCUGAAGGUCAUUCUGUACAUCAAGUCAUAUGUGGAGUCAGUUUGCAACUCAUUGUUCCACAAUGUCCAUGCAGCCUUCUUUUUGUUUUGUGCAUAAAAAAACCUCUCCUCAGUAAAUGUUUGUCUUGUCUGUGCCAUGUUGCAGGUCUUUUGUCUCCUUCAUAGAAAAAAACCCUACAGCUAUUAAACUUUUUAA